GACACCCCAGCCACAGGACGAGCGAAACCAGCUUCGCCGGCCCUGGGCAGAGGGGUAACCGGUUCCCAGGAUGGGGCAGUAUGAACCUGGGGGCGACCCCUGGGCCCCACGAGGUGGGGGUCAGCACAGAGGGGUGUUAACAUCCUGCGGACACACUGGACGUGAUCAAGAAGGUGCCUUGUUGGGAAAGUGUACGGAGAAGGCGCCUGCUUCAUAUCCCGCUCCACCCCGCGGACCACCACCCGCCCCCGUGGCCAGGCAGAAGCAAGGGGGCCUGUCAUGCCUCACUGUGCCAGCCUGCAGAGCGGCUGCCACAGCCCGUUAUGCCCACAGCCCCCACGGCGGCCCCGUGUCUGUGCCGGGAGAGACCAAGACACCCGCGGAAGGCGGCUCCCGGCCUGGGGCCCCGCGGAGGGCUGGUGCAGGCCGUGCGGAAACGCCCCCUGCUGGUGGGCGUUGGCGUGGGCAGCCAGCGGCCUCAUUUCCCGCCGCCUGCUGGCAGGCGUGUUGAGGCCCCUCCUCUGGCUGGCUGGAUGGGGGUUGGAUUGGGGGGGCAGGUCAGCGUGUUUUCUCCUGUACAUUUCCAUCCUUCCAAAAAAUUGCCCACACCCUUUGCAGUCAUCCUCC